AUGCCGCCGGCUCGGUCCCGGGGGAGCGUGGAGCGGCGGAGAGCGCUAGAACAGCCGGACCUGCAGGUGCUUCCGCCGCACGUAUGGGCGACGCUAGGCGGGCUGGGAGUGGCGGCGACGGUGGGUCUGUUCGGCGUGCUAGGGCUGAUCACGGAGUGGGAGGUGCCUGGCCUGCCGCACUUGUUCGUCGGCAUGCUCGUCUUCGCGCUCGUGCUCUACCUGCUCAUGCUGCCCAUCUCGUGGUCGCAGCUACCACAGUCGUGGAAGGCGCGGUUUAAGUGGAGGGCGCGCGCGCGGCAGCAGCAGCAGGACAUGGACCCGCCCCCCUGGUCGCUCACAGCCGCCGCCGUGUGCAGAGCGCUGCACGUGGUGCGCGACGUGGGGCUGCACAAGGAGGUGGCGCAGGCGCGGCUGGCGCGGCACGGCGUGAACGAGAUCGAGUCGCUGCCCGUGGCCACCUUCCUCGCCUUCCUCAUCCCCGCCGUCUACACCCCCACUAGACUGCUGCUGCUGCUCCUCCUCGUGCUCUUCACAGCCCUCUGCUCGUGGUCGGAGGCGCUAGUGGGAGUGGCGUGCGCGCUGCUGCUGCUGCUGCUUGACACGUUCGCGGAGUGGCUGGGGCGCAGGGGGCUGGCGAGUGCGUGCCUGGCAGUGCCGCACGACGCGCUGGUCCUGAGAGAUGGGGUUGCUGUCACGCUGCCCAGACGGCUGCUCGUGCCAGGGGAUAUCGUACUGCUGCGCCCCGGCAUGGAGGUACCAGCGGACGUGCGGCUACUGCACUGCAGCCUGCUCGAGAUCGACGAGUCAGCCGUCUCCGGCGAGUGGGAGGCGGCGCCCUGCCCUAAAGACGCAGCAGCCAUCAUAUCCGGUCGCACCACGGCCGUAGACUGCGCCAACAUCGCCCUGGCCGGCACCAUAGUCACCUGCGGGUACGGCUCGGGCGUUGUGUUCCGCACGGGGAAGAACACGGAGAUCGGCAGGAAGAUUGCAGCAGCGGCCAAGCACCACAGGAGCAGGCUGCUGGGCGGGGCCGGGGAGGUGUCCCCGCUGCUGUCGCUGCUGCGGGGUGCUGCGCGCUGGUCGACGCUCGCGGCGGUGGUUUUCACGCUGCUGGUGGCCGGGCUGGGUGUGUACCGGGCUGUUGACUGGCAGACGAUUCUGCUAACGUCGCUCGCGUUCUUCUUCGCCGCGCUGCCCGAGAACCUGCCCGCGAUCUUCUACUCUACGCUCGGCGCGGGGAGCCAGCGGCUCGUGCAAAACGAGAUCUUUUUCAAGGAGCUCAGUGCGGUCGAGAACCUCUCAUACGUGGAUAUAAUCCUAACAGACAAAUCGGGGUCCUUAACAGAAGAACGGCUGGACCUGCAGGGCCUACUGGUGGCAUCGACAGCCAUAGGCGUGGAGGAACUAGCAGUUGCCACUCGGGAGAUGCCCAAGGGCGGGCCGUUAGCAGCAGAGGGAGGCAUGGAGGCGCUAGGGAAGCUGCUAGAGGCGUGGGUGUUUAUGUCCGAUAUGGGAGAUGAUUUGCUGGCCGAGAAUCUAGGGGGGAGCGGUGGGGGGAGGGGGAUGGGCGGAGCCGGCGCGCAAAGGGGUGGGGAGAAGGGCGAGGCGCUGGGUGGGCGUGGGAAUGCGUCGGGAGGAGUGGGGGGGCAGGUGGGGGCGAGGGCAGGGGAAGGAGAGGAGAGUGGGAGCGUGGAGGGUGCGAAGGUGAAUGGGAAAGCCGGGGGGUCAGGGGGUGCGGAAGAGAGUACAGAUGCGGAGUUUCUAGCAGCCAUAGCGAAAGAAGCCAAGGAAGCGGGCGCAGGUGACGUGAGUGUGGAUGUGCGAGCAGGAGGCGAGGAGGAGCAGAGCGAAUCGCUCCUCGAAUCCGGCCGGAAAGCCGGCGACCCAACCCCGGACGUGGCCGCGCGAGGAGGCCACGUGGACGCUCUGGAUUGGGCGAUUCUGGGCGCGGUGGGCGGGCCGUCUGUGCUGACUAGCCUCCCGUAUGAAGGGCUGGAAGGGGUGGAAGCGGAGGUGGCAGCAGCAACGGCAGCGACAGCAAGCACAACCACCAAGGGGCUGCGGCCGCUGCAUGAUCUGCUGCGGCGGUGCUAUGAGGCGAAGGCGGCAGCGAGGAGGCUGACGGAUACCCCGUAUGAGUCGAGCCUCAAGUGUGCUGUCAGGACGUAUGCAGAUGUGCGCACCGUGGUGGGCGGCACAGGCGGCGUGGGGGUGACGAGAGGCAAGUCGGUGCAGAAGAAGCUGCUGGCGCUGGGGAAGAGAGUGGCCGAUGCAAGUGGGCAGCUGGGGGCGGAAGCACAGGCCAGCGCCGGCACCGGGAGUAGCGGCGGCAGCGGCAGUGGGUUGUGUGAGCUGCGGCAGCGGGUGUUUGUGCGGGGCCCACCAGAGGUGCUGCUGCAGCAGUGCGGCACCAUUCUGCACCGCGGCGAACCGGCGUCCAUCACGUCGUCCCGCGCCACCAUCCAGGAGCAGAUCAACGAGCUCACGGAACAAGGCCUGGUGCUGGUAGCAUACGCAUCGGGAGACAUGCUGGUGGACAGCCCGCGGGCAUCUUCUCGCCCGGCCAUCCUGGCAUGCAUCCACGACUGCACCUUUCUGGGGGUGGUGCUCGCAGCAGAGUCCCCCCGCCCCGGGGUGAACGACGCUGUGAGGAGCUGCCAGCAGGCCGGGGUGCGGCCGGUGGUGGUCACGGGGGACCAUGUCGCCACUGCUGCUGCCUUGGCGAAGGCUGUUGGGCUCUGCAAGGGCGGACAGCAACCAGGGGCGGCAUCGGAGGUGGCAUCAUGUGUGGAGAAGCCAGCAGCGCAGACGCCACAGGAGGAGCUGAGUGCGCUGGUGCAGGCCACCUCUGUGUUUGCGCGUGCCUCGCCCAUCGACCGCCUCUGCAUCCUCGAAGCCCUCCAGGCCAAUGGCGCCUUUGUCGCCGCCUGUGGCACAGGCAUUGUGGAUGCGCCUGUGGUGGCAGAGGCAGAUGUGGGGCUGGCGGUGGGAGCAGCACCGGACGUGGUGAGGGAUGCCGCAGCCGUGGUGGUACUAGACGGGUCCUUCGGUGCAGUGCGCUUCCUGCUGGAGGAGGGGCGAGCGCUGCUGCUCAACCUGCGCAAGGCCACUGCGCUCAGCCUCGGCACGCGCCUGGGGCUGGCUCUCCUCAUGCUCACUGGCACGCUCUGGGUCAACUACCCGCUACAGCCCGCGCAGAUCAUCAUAGCAGCAGUGUUCCUCAAUGCAGCAUCCCUCUUCUCCUACACCAUCGAGCUGCCAGACGCAGACACCAUGCUGCACCCGCCCCGCCACCGCACCCAACCCUUCUUCGACGUUCCCCUCCUCUCCCUCUCUGCCGCUGCCACCAUCGCCACGCUGACAGCUAGCCUGCUCGCCCUCGCGUUCUCCCUUCGCACGGCGCAGCAGGGCGACACACAGACGGUGGUGUUUGUUGCCUGGCUGCUCUCCUCCUGCCUCGUGGGUUUCCACAUGCGCACCUUCUCCCAGCCGCUAUUCAGCAAGGGCCUUGGAUCCAACUCGCUUGUGCUGCUCUGGCUACUUGCGGUGGUGGUCUUCUGUGUGCUGCUUGGGGUGUUCCCGUGGCUUCAAAAGGCCGUGCAAGUCGUGAGCCUAACUCCCACAGAUUGGGGCACCGUGGCGGCGAUUGCUGUGAUUGGCACGGUGUGGAUCGACCUGUGCAAGCUUCUGGUGGCUAAGUCGAGAGAACAUGGGUACGAGGUGCCUAGUAUGCCUGUGCCUGUGGGGAGCCGGGGAGGGGGCGCACGUGGAGAUGUGGGGGUGGCGUCGCUGCUGCCGUCUACAGCACUCAAGAGUGAUGUUGAAAUGACAUGA